AUGACGACUUCAGGCGCUCUCUCCCCCCCCCCGGUGCCAGGCUCCCGUGGGUCCUCCACCCCCCCCCCGGUGGAGUUUCGUGCAGGAAAAAUGUCCCCCCCCCCAACUACUGUCACCCCAGAUAAACGGACCCCCCCCCCGUACAUUCAGCAGACGGAUGACUCCCCCCCCCCCCCCUGCUGGAAAGACAGGACGUCUGGGAACGUGGAAGACGACUUGAUCAUCUUUCCUGACGACUGUGAGUUCAAGCGCGUGCCCCCCCCCCCCAGCGGGAGGGUCUAUGUGCUCAAGUUCCCCCCCCCCUCCAAACGGCUCUUCUUUUGGAUGCAGGAGCCCAAGACGGCCCCCCCCCCGGAACAUUGCCGGAAGGUCAACGAGUCCCCCCCCCCCCCUCCGAUGCCUGGAGCGCUGGGGGCCCCCCCCCCUGGAGGCCAUGAGCUCUCUGCACUGGCAGGCCCCCCCCCCUUGCAGAGCCUGCUGGGGAACAUGAGCCACAGCCAGCUCAUGCAGCUCAUCGGACCUGCUGGCCCCCCCCCCCUCGGUGGGCUGGGGGCCCUGACCGGGCCCCCCCCCCCCAGCUUACUGGGGAGUGGGGGGCCUCCCCCCCCCCCCUCUUCAUCCAGCUCCCGCCCCCCCCCCGCAGCCGUCACCCCGUCCUCCACCACCCCCCCCCCCCGAGCCACCCCAGCCCCCUCUGCUCCCCCCCCCCCCUCGGUGACCAGCCCGAGCCCCGCACCCCCCCCCCCCAAUGGAACCAGCACGGCAGCCAGCCCCCCCCCCCCCAUCCAGCUGAGCGACCUUCAGAGCAUCCCCCCCCCCAUGAACGUGCCGGCCGGGCCAGGAGGCCCCCCCCCCGUUGACCUGGCCAGUGUUCUGACGCCCGAGAUCAUGGCACCUAUCCUUGCCAACGCGGACGUCCAGGAGCGCCUGCUGCCCUACCUGCCCCCCCCCCAGUCACUGCCACAGACGGCAGAGGAGCCCCCCCCCCCGCUGACCUCGCCCCAGUUCCAGCAGCCCCCCCCCCCGGCCCUGGGCAUGUUCAGCGCGGCCUUGGCCUCUGGGCCCCCCCCCCCCCUCAUGUGCCAGUUCGGCCUGCCCCCCCCCCCCCUGGAGGCCGCCAACAAGGGCGGUACCCCCGCGUUUGCCAAAGCUAUGCAGAGCGGCCCCCCCCCCCGGCAGGAGGGUGACGGGAAGGACAACCCCCCCCCCGAGGAGGACAUGAGCUUGGACUAG